AGUUGAUCCUCGUCGGCGCGCUCACGAACGAACCAACGAAGCUACAAAACGCCGUCGUCGGUCCCUGACCGCAUUCAUAUCUCGUCUCCGCGAUCUCUCUCUCUCUCUCUCUCUCUCUCAAAUCCCGCGUUCUCGUUUCCUUCCUCCAUUCGCAUUCCUUCUUCUUCUUCUUCUACCUCAAACCGCCGCUUCAACGCAAACCUCGCCGCCGUCUCGACUUCCGAUAACCGGAUGGAUGAAGGUGACGGAGACACAGGAGCUUCUUCUCUAGCCACCGCAAUCAGGGUUCCACCGCCUUCUCACACGCCGCCGAUGCCGAUACGCGAAGACUGUUGGUCGGAGGAGGCUACAUACACCCUCGUCGAGGCAUGGGGAGAGAGAUUUCUUGAACUCAAUCGCGGUAAUCUCCGACAGAAGCACUGGCAGGAAGUAGCCGAUGCCGUCAACGCUGACCACGGCCACACCAAGAAGGCUCGCCGGACCGACGUCCAGUGUAAGAACCGGAUCGAUACUUUAAAAAAGAAGUACAAGAUCGAGAAGGCUAGGGUUUCUGAAUCUGCUGGUAGUUAUCUUAGUCCUUGGACCUUUUACGCUAGGUUGGAUGAGUUAAUCGGUUCUUCAUACAAACCGUCUCCAUCGUCGGCGCCGGUGCCGUCUCGCCGGAAGUCUUCCCCGGCCACAAUUGUCCUCCCUCCUCUCGCUACAUUCCCUGUUGGACCCCGAUCGAAGCGUCCUGUGCCGACUAUAUUGCCGGCGGUGGUCGAUAACUUUCGUCGGAAUUUCUCUGCAAUAGCAGCGGCUGCCGCCGCUACUGAUGCUGGUGAAGAUUCGGAUACGUCGAGAUCAAGGUCGAGUGCUGCUAGUCGAAAGCGGAAGGGAGAUGGAGAUGGGUUGGAGGGGCUGCUACCGUUGGCAAGGGCUAUUGAAAAGUUUGGACAAAUAUAUGAAAGAGUUGAGGAUUCAAAGCAGAGGCAGCUGAUAGAGUUGGAGAAGCAGAGAAUGCAGUUCGCUAAGGACUUAGAGAUUCAAAGGAUGAAGCUUUACAUGGACUCACAGAUUCAUCUUGAGAAGAUGAAGCGGGCAAAGCGAACUCCUGAAGCUGAUGAUGAAGAAUAUCUAUAGAGAGAGGGGGGGAUGGUUCUGUGCAGAAUCCAGCAAAGAUACAUAAUCUGGCAGAUUGAAUGAAGACAAUAUUUGUGAUGGUUGGUGUGGGAGGGAAAAAAAGGGUUUAGACUAAAUUUAGGGUUUAUUUUCGGACAACAGCAGGAGUUUGUUUGUUUGUUUGUUUUUGUUUGUAAAUUACUUGGGGUUUCGUUUUUCUUAAACUUAGAGGAGGAGGAGGCAGUGAAGGCAAUAGCAGCAGCCAUACUGUUAAAAGGUAAUAUGUCUUUUGUUGUGCUGUCUGUUGUCUUGUUAGAGAUGAUUUUCUGUUAUAAGUUAUCAAUCAGAUCUCUCCCUGUUUUUUAA